AUGCCAACAGCAGUCAACCGAAACCAAGCUUUAUUUUCUACUAAUAGUCUGCUUUCGCAAGACAGUUCGCAGCAAAGCGAGUCACCGUCUCAAAAUGAUCGAGAGACGACUCGGGGAUCGCAAAGCCAAGCUUCUGCACACCCGUCACAAUCGCAAACUACACCGGACAAAAUAUUGUUUCGGUUGGAAACCGAGCAUCCAAAAGUCUUGAUUGGAAUGCUCAUGAGCUUUGGUUCUUCUUCGUCUAGUUCGUCGUCUUCUUCUUCGGCAGCAUCACGAAGUCAACGAUCUCAAAAAGGAUCUGGUACUCAAGCGACUAUUACUCAGAGUAUGAUGCUCUUGAAUGCCAGUGGUGCGGCUGCCAAUGACAUGUCUGCAUCCAUUGGACAAAUGACCAUCUACACGACAGAGACUGGUUUACAGUUGCAUCAGUCUACCAAUCUAUCUUCACAGUCGAGUAUGGAAUUACCAAAAGAAUUAUUUUCGUACUACCAAACUUCGGCAACUCCCGCAACCUCUUCGGGUGGUGCCACUCAAACCAGCAGCACCUCCAGUCAAACCGCCGGCAAUUGCUGCUGUUGCAUUUCGUGGAAGCCACUCCGAAAUGCUUUGAUUCUAGCCAUGACGCAAAAUCCAAACAAGCUGUCCAUGACUUACAAUAUGAACGACGAGGUCUUGCAUGUGGAAACGGAAUGUGGUGGAACCAUAAUGCGUCGAUCCACCACCGCUUCCUAUUCCUUUUCAGGCCGUGCUGCUGCUCCCUCGUCAUCAUCAUCUUCGUCGUCCACUGGCGUUGUUUGCACUGCUGUCGUGAGUGGUUUAGUUCCACCGGAAGAACAACCCCAACUCUCCCAAGCAUUCUUGCAACAUCCCAUUGUUGCUCGGAUUCUAGUGCCGUCGACCAUUCUCAUGGAUGUCUUGGAAUUGGCAUUGGUGUCCCCAAUGGCUAUCCAGUUGCAAUGGAAGACGACCACGGUUCAGGCAGCUACUGAAUCCAAAAAGUCAGUGCUGCAAGUCUCUGCUGUGGGGCCUUGUAGUGAAUGUGCCGUCCAAUGGCAAAUUCCAAUUGAAUGGACGAAUCAAAACAACAUUGAGUUAUUGGACGACAAUGAUGAUACAGCCACUACCGACGACGGUAUUAGUACUCGGAUGUCUUCGUUGGAUGGCAGUCGUCGCAAGCGAAAAUCCCAUGAGAAUGCCAAACGGACUGUCCGCAAAGUCAAACAUUCGUACCCGUAUGAAGCUUGGGCCCAAGCCAUGAAGCCCUUGCUGGACAGUCAAGCUCACGAAACUUGCAUUUCCGUCAACGAACAGGGUAUUCUGGCCAUUCAGCAUCAAUUGUUGUGCCACGACAACAUUGCCGCCUUUUGUGAUGGCUUACUAGUCCCACUCAUUGUCGAAGAAGACGAGGAUGACGAUGAUGGAGACAGCGAUGCCAAUAGUGAAACCGACGAUGAUCGGACCGAUGCCUCGAGUAGAAUGACUCGCUCCAAUACGCACACCCAAGGCAGUUCCAGCAGUGCAGGUUCCUCGAGAGAUCAUCGUACCGCCGCCCAUUUUACUCCAAGUCAAUCCACGGUUGGCCAUGACGACAAUCAAGAUGAUGAUGACUCUGGCAAGAACUCGCAACAACCAAUCGAUUUGUCCCGACAAAGUGUUCCAGCCAACAAAAGUCAACGCAGUACCAAUGACGAUGACGAUGAUGGCAGUCGUCAUGAUGAGAGUGGUGGUGGUGGCAUUGAACCAUCCUUCUUUGGUGCCUUGCCUGUAGUCGAUGAUGACAAUAAUCAUGCGGUGGGUGCUGCCAAAAGACCAUCGAGCCGCUUCAGCAGUAUUGGUUCCAAUGCUUCUUCUUCUUCGAGACGUCGAGAAGAACGCAAGCGUCUUCGGGCGCAACAACGAUUGCCGGCUGGAUCGGAUGCGGAACCAUCGGCAUCUGUUUCUCAACAACUAUCCCCAGUCGUUCUUCCCUCCACCAGUAGCCCACCCGAUCAUCUGGAAGAUGACGAUCAUAUGGAACCAACUCAAACCCAAGAUGAGGAUGAUGAAGAGGAACGAUAUUGUUCGUCUCCGGAAGUAGUCUAUGGGAAAAUCUAA